AUGAGGCCUAAUAAUGAUGACUAUAGCCAAACUUGUUACCCCGCUUUGAGGGUGAAAACUGAUCUCGAAGUGACAGACGUGAAUAAUGAAGAGAACGAUAUACUUAUGGACCCCGGUGAUGCAGAUAGGGAGAGCAAAUGUCAAGAGUUCAGCGCUACGGAUCUGCUGGAGCCCAAGAUAGAGGUGUUGGAACAGGAAGCCAGUGACGAGGAGCGCUCGGGCUUUCAACAGCUGUACUACACGGAAAAUAAUACUCUUGCGAAUCCUUUUGCUACGCUUCAAGGUAGUAUGGAUCUCAUGACGGGAAUGAACGCCGAGCUGAGCGAGAACGCCGAAGGUAAAUAUGCCCUGUGUUAA